AUGGAGGACAAAGCUAGCUUGAUAAGAACAAAAGGCAGAGCAGGAGGGUGCCCUACAAGGCUUCAGAAGCAUGCUCCAGCUUCUCUUGAGAUUGAUAAAGUUCUCAGUGAGAGACCCUCUAACCCUUUUGGAGAGGCUUCAAAUGCAAUUCCUCUAUUAUCCCCACUUGUCAUAUCCCCACAAAUUCUGUAUGCAGAGACUGUUGAACAAAAUCCAAAUGCACAGAAUAGUGGUGGCAAUGAGGGUUGGAGUUCAUCCUCCAAAUCCAAUACUCCAAAUACAGGGUGGAAACAUCCAGCUAUGGCUCCAUUUCCAGAGCCUUCAUCUUUGUGCAGCUUCUUGCAAAAACAAUGUGUUAUUGUGAACAAUACCCAGUAA